GUACUAGGAGUCUAUGUGCCAGGUUUAAUUACAUGGUUGAUCACAUUAGAAUGGAAAGGAGGUGCUCUCCUUUGCAAAGUGAUGCGAUUCAUCGAUGUCUUUGUACUAGCAAUCAGUUCAAACAUAAUGGUUUGCAUCGCAUUGUAUCGACUUUAUGCCCUACGCUAUCCUUUUUGGAUCUCAGCUAUAGGACAUAGCCGAGUUCCUCGGAUGCUCCUACUAGCUUGGGGAACAGCAAUGCUCUCAAUGCUCCCACAGCUUUACGUUUGGCGGGAGGUAAAUUUCGGAGAUUUUCGUCAAUGUGUCACGUUAUGGACGGAGAAAAUUAAUCUCGGUACUGCUCCAAAUCAAACAUUGAUGACUGACGAGGAUUUUCGAUUAAUGAAGCUGUACGGGAUACAAAAUGCCUUUAUUACAUUCUACAUUCCUUUAUUGAUUCUAGUCGUCUGUUAUGUACUAAUUUUAAAGAAAUUUACCAUUGAUCUAAUUUUUUGGGGUUAUUCAAUAGAAUUAAGUAAACUUUCAACCUUUACCAAACGAUGGGCCAAAAAAGAAAAGGAAAGCACAGUGUCCUUGACAACUCGGGCUAUCCGAGGUCAGGACAAAUUGCGCCGAGCUAAGGUGCGCUCAUUACGGAUCACUCUAUUACUCAUAAUCGUCUAUGUCAUUACAUGGCUUCCGAAUAACCUUCUAUCAUGGUGGAUGGUAAUAUCGUUCGAAUCAUACCGCGAUCAUCAAGAUGCUACGUUCCCAUUAGCAUUCCUUGUAUGUGAUAAAUCCAUUCAUCUACGGCAGGUAACACUAAAUCUCAAAGUUUUGCACCCAGCCUUAGUCUUUAAAGGUUCAGAUUCAGGUGUCAAGGAUUAA